CGCCGGGGCGUGAUUACGUAUCCCACCCUUUACGUAAGUCUGGACAUGCGCAGUGCGGACCCUCAGGCAGCCCUUUUUAUGCUAACCGCUGAACGACUAGCAUCAAACGAGCAUCAUGCAGCUCUUUCUUCGUGCCCAGAACACUCACACCCUCGAGGUGACCGGAGAGGAGACCGUCGCCCAGAUCAAGGCUCAUGUCCAGGCUCUGGAGGGUCUCCCCGCUGAGGACCAGGUGCUUCUGCUCGCAGGCUGCCCCCUGGAGGAUGACUUGUGCCUGGCCUCCUGCGGCGUCUCCGAGCACUGCACUCUGGAGGUGGCCGGCAGACUGCUGGGAGGUAAGGUCCACGGCUCUCUGGCUCGUGCUGGUAAAGUGAGAGGACAGACACCCAAGGUUGAUAAGCAGGAGAAGAAGAAGAAGAAGACGGGCCGUGCCAAGCGUCGCAUCCAGUACAACAGACGCUUCGUGAACGUUGUGCCCACCUUCGGAAAGAAGAAGGGACCCAACGCCAACUCCUAAUUUCCCCUUAGUUCAAACCAUGUUCUUUUUACCAAGUUCAAUGUUUUCCUGUCGUACAGAAUAAAAUUUGGCUUGGGACAAA